GUCCAACAGUGUUCUGCGGUCAUUGAACCAAGCUUCGAAAUGAAGUGGAGAAACGCUCUAAGAAGUGGUGACCAACGGCAGUAAGGAUAGUGUAAAUUUAAUACCUCUUUGGUCAUACUGAUGAAAGAAAUCAUUCUGUGCCUCAACUGAUGAAGUAGACAUCUUACGCUGGCUGGAAGCCUACAGAGGUUACUGAAAAUACGAGGAUUCUACUAUUUACCUAGAGCCGCUUUCAUCAGCCAGUGUUUCUACAAUAGGCAGUUGUCGCUUGAAGUUGUUAUUCAUCAGUUCAAAACACCAAAGACAAUGCCUAAAAGACCAGCAAAGACACAACAAGAUGUCUCGCCUAAGAAAUCCAAGUUGAAAGUAGAAGCUGCAAACUCUUCAGAACCUCAGGAUUUUCUCUCCAACGUUGCACACUUAAGACUGCAGACAGCAGAGUCUGUAGCAGACUUCAAAUUCAAUAAGAAGCGUGUGAGGGUGAUAUCUGAUGCCAAAGAUGUGCCAGAGCAGAACCAUGGGAUUGUAUAUUGGAUGUCCAGGGAUCAGAGAGUACAAGACAACUGGGCCAUGUUGUUUGCUCAGAGGCUGGCUUUGAAGCAAGAGGUCCCCCUUCAUGUCUGCUUUUGUGUGGUGCCUAAAUUCCUAGAUGCAACCAUUCGGCAGUAUGGAUUCAUGAUGAAAGGACUACGAGAAGUUGAACAGGAACUAAAAGAGCUUGACAUAUCAUUCCACCUCUUGAUUGGAUAUGCCAAGGAUGUACUCCCGAAGUUCAUAGAAGAACACCAGAUAGGUGGCUUGGUAACAGACUUCAGUCCAUUGAGAAUACUAUCAGAAUGGGUCCAGGAGGUUGCAAGUGAGCUGCCAUCAAAUGUUCCAUUUUGUCAGGUUGAUGCCCACAAUAUCGUGCCUUGUUGGGAGGCUUCACCCAAACUAGAGUAUGGAGCACGCACUAUCCGUCCCAAGAUUCACAAGGUGUUGUCUACAUAUCUCACUCAAUAUCCACCUGUCAUCAAGCACAAACAUAAGCCCAAGACCGAACCAGAGCCUAAUGUCUGGGAUGCAGCCAUGGACUCUCUGGAAGUCGAUAAGACUGUCUCUGAGAUAGAUUGGGCUCAGCCAGGUACUACGGCAGGCCUUUUUGCACUGGAAGAUUUCUUCGAAAAUAGACUACGAUCCUAUGAGGUAGAGAGAAACGAUCCUAACAAGACUGCUCUUAGCAACCUGUCACCAUGGUUUCACUUUGGUCAGAUUUCAGUUCAGCGAGCCAUCUUGACAGUGCAACCAUACAGAAGAAAACACAGCAAAGCAGCGGAAGCCUUUAUUGAGGAAUCAGUGAUUAGAAGAGAAUUGGCAGAUAACUUCUGUUUCUACAAUGACAAAUAUGAUUCAGUUGAAGGAACAAAUGACUGGGCCAAGACUUCACUGCAGCUCCAUGCCAAAGAUAAAAGGGAGUAUGUGUACAGCAAAGAGCAGCUAGAGCAAUCUCGGACACAUGAUGAUCUGUGGAAUGCAGCACAGAUUCAGAUGGUAUCAGAGGGAAAGAUGCAUGGUUUUCUGCGUAUGUAUUGGGCCAAGAAGAUCUUAGAAUGGACAGAGUCACCAGAGAAAGCUUUGGAAAUUGCUAUCUUCUUCAAUGAUAAGUACAGUAUUGAUGGCACAGACCCAAAUGGAUAUGUUGGUUGCAUGUGGUCUGUCUGUGGUAUUCAUGACCAGGGUUGGAAAGAAAGACCAGUGUUUGGUAAGAUUCGGUACAUGAACUAUGCUGGAUGCAAGAGAAAGUUUGAUGUGGACCAAUUUGUGCGCAAAUACAAGGCAAAGAAAUACUAAACAUUUUUACAGAAAAACCAAAUUUUUGGUUAUUUUUGCAACUUUUUCUAUAUACACUCAAGACUAAUUUCUUGUAAUACAGGUUACACAAAUGGGAGAAUUAUAGUUCUCGUGCUAUAUUUUAGUCAGACAAGAUUUCUAACCACCAUAAGUCUGAUUUGAAAAAUCAUACAACAGUAAAUGUUUGUAAAUAAAACCAACAUACAAACUAAUUGCAAUAUUCUCAUUACCAUGACAGUAUUAUUAAUCCAAUAUAACAGAGUAGUAAAUGAUCUUCUGUCCAACCUCAGCACAUUUAUUUAUGUAGAUAUUGCGUAGUAUAACCUGUGUUUCUUUUGUGUGACAAAAUUUAUUUUUACGUUUGACCGCACACAACUUUACCUUGGUUUAUUGAUCAAUCAAUAUUGUUGAUGGGUCAUAACAACUAGGACAUCCCCAACUUUUUAUUAAUAUUCCCUCCACGCACUCCGAUUAGAGCGGACAUCCUUUGUUAUGCCUAGUGAACAUUAGUUUCAUGUAGAUAUUCUACUAAAGCCAUUAAAGACAGUUAAAAAGAAACAUUAAGCCAUUCGAGCAAAGGUUUGUCAUUACACCUUUAUUCAUAAAAAUGUAAUGUAAACGUUGGUAUUUAAAGUAAAGUGUUUUUUAUCAAAUGCAGUAUCGGUGAUUAAUAAGUUUAGUUAUACUGUUUUUGUUAUUCCUAAAUCUUUAGUUUCAUACUAAUGAUUUAGUGACAAUGUUAUAUGUAUUCUAAGCUAUGUAGUCUCUACGAUUUCAGACUUUCUGUGCCCACCACAGAAACAUACAAAAUGUAAUGUAACAUCUGUCAAGUUUAAAUUUAAAUCCUAUUUUAUUUGAUAUAAUCUAGGUAAUCUAUUAAUUAAAGCAUUUUAAUAACAUUGACUCUGGCAAAAGAAAUAGAGAAAUAGCUACACGCUAUCGCCGCGACUCCUUUGGCAACGCUGAUUGGUCGUUUGAAUCAGGAGCGUUUCCGAUUGCGUCAGGAACAGCUAUUUAGUGCAAGGAUUAUACUGUAAGUGCUGUAGUGACUGUGUAGAAAUUCUAUAGAAACCGGACUUUAUAUUCUAAUUUUGAACUAAAUAACGAUGCAAACACUGCUGCAACAUUUCGAUAAUGUUUUCUUAUAUAAAUGCAAUGUUCAGUGUUUGUAAAUUGUUGUAAUUACGUUUACCUAAAAGGAUUAUAUCAUGUUAACCUAACCUUGUUGUAAUUGGUUAAGAUAAGUUCUUAUAGUGGAAACAGAUUUUGAAUUAAUUUAUUUUGGAAUUCCUCCCAGAAGGGAAGA